AUGGAUGCCCUUCCUGGUGAUGCAGAGAUUAAAAGGGUUGUGUGGGAGCUUGAUCCGGACAGCUCGCCAGGUCCUGACGGCUUCCCUGGGGCUUUCUUCAAAAGAUGCUGGCACAUUGUGGAAAAAGAAGUGAGCAACGCGGUCAGAUAUUUUUUCAGCUCAAGCUACAUGCCGCAUGGUGUGAACAAUAAUUUUCUUGUGCUGAUCCCUAAGAUAGAUAGGGUAGAUAACCUAGGUAACUUCCGGCCUCUAUGCAUGGGAAACUUCUUCUGCAAAAUUAUUACAAAGGUGAUGGCAUUGAGGUUGGAGCCUCUUCUUCCCAGAUUAAUAUCUGAUGAGCAAGGCGCUUUCCAAAAAGGAAAGAUUAUACAUGACAAUAAUAUGGUCGCUUCAAAGCUUGCGAACUUGAUGUUCUCAUCCACCAGAGGAGGGGGUAUUGGCAUAAAAAUCGACAUCAGAAAAGCCUAUGACACAAUUGGCUGGACGUUUAUUUUUCAGGUUAUGCAUAGAUUCAGUUUCUCUGAGAGAUGGAUCGGAUGGCUCAACCAAAUUCUAAUAUCUUCUAAGAUAUCAAUUCUAGUUAAUGGAGGACUGUAA